AUAAUGGAACAAGUAAUCAGCAGUCUAACAAGCCAGAGCCUCCUGAAGAGUUUGAGCCAUUUGGUCAAAAUCCUGGGAGAUUUGCCCAGUUUGAUUCCAUUCUUGAAAAGAUUAACCAACAGGGAAAGGGUCAAUAUAGACCUGAUUCAGGAAAUGAUGCUGGUUCUGAGAUGAUGCACAAUCUAGAUGGAAGUUAUGACACAUUAUCUGAUGGAAUGGAUGGAAAACUGAAGAAUGCUGCCACAUACUUUGAAUUUGAUGAGGAUGAAGUCGACAAAGAAGAUUAUGCUUUUCGAUAUGACGCCAAUUUUCCGCUUGGUUCUAAAUAUGAUGUAAAGGAUUUGGAUCUUACAAAACCUGGUGUACGCAGGCCCCUCAUAAGAUAUGAAUUCAAAGUAACAACCAAAGAAGUUCUUAGUCAAGCAGAUUUCAGGAAUGUUAGAUUCCUAGCAAACUUCAUAACAGAGGCUGGAAUUAUUAUCAAGAGAAGCAAGACUGGCAUUAGUGCAAAGGCUCAAAGGAAGGUUGCCAGGGAGAUAAAAACUGCGCGAGCAUUUGGUUUGAUGCCCUUUACAACAAUGGGUACAAAGUCAUUUGUUUUUGGGAGAAAUAUGAAGAAUCUUGAUAAUGACUUUACGUACGAAAGAAAAACUGAGAACAUGGAUGGGGAACUUGAUGUGGAAGACCAAGCUUAGAGCAUUGACAUAGAUACUUAUGCUUCUUGGGUUGAAGUAGCUCCCAUCCUUUCCUGUACUUCUUAUUUAUUUGUUUCUCACCUUGCCCAAAAGACUGUUGAAAUUUAUUGAAAUCUUAAUUUUGCAGUUAGAUUUUUACUAUUUUAAUUACAAAGGAGUUGUAGUUUAUACUUGUACUAAGGCUAUGUUGGGCCUAACUUCUUAUUUUUUUUUUAAGUUACUUUAAAGCUAAAGCUUGUAAUAACAUUUCUCUUUCUAUUCAAAUUAGAAUAACUAGAGGGGCAGAGGCACUUCGUGUCUCUAAUAAUUAUUGGUUAAUAAAA